CGCUCCUCACCCGCACGCAAUUGGUCAGAGAAAAUGCCCACGUGACUAAACCUCGCGCUCCUAUAGGGCAAGGUUUUGCGCUCAAUCCAAAUCUCGCCAAUCACGACUUUCCCUAUGCUUUCCUGUGGCGAGAAUUCAGCGGCGUAGCGUUUCUGCUCCGUGGGUCGGUUGGUUCUGAGGAAGCCAUCGCUGCGAUUCUCUUGACGUUCGGCUGACUCGAGUCAAUCAACAUGGGCAAAGGAGACAAGCCUCGCGGCCGGAUGUCGGCGUACGCCUUCUUCGUGCAGACUUGCCGGGAGGAGCACAAGAAGAAGCACCCCAAUGAGAAUGUCGUCUUCGCUGAGUUUUCCAAGAAGUGUGCCGAGCGCUGGAAGACCAUGAGCGAUGGUGAGAAGAAGCGGUUCCACCAGAUGGCCGAUAAGGACAAGAAGCGCUUUGACACUGAGAUGGCCGACUACAAGCCACCCAAGGGAGACAAGUCCAAGAAGCGCAAGCGUGCAAAGGACCCCAACGCGCCCAAACGCCCCCUGUCUGCUUUCUUCUGGUUCUGCAAUGACGAGAGACCCAACGUGCGCCAGGAGAACCCGGAUUCCUCUGUUGGAGAGGUGGCGAAGGAGCUUGGUCGGCGAUGGAACGAGGUUGGCGAUGAUGUCAAGGCAAAGUACGAGGGCCUCGCUGCCAAGGACAAAGCGCGUUACGAGAAGGAACUGAAGGCCUACAAGGGAAAGAAGCCCAAGGGUGCAUCUCCACCAAAGGAGAAGGCCAAGAAGAAGGAAGAGGAGGACGACGAGGAUGAUGAGGACGAAGAAGAUGAGGCUGAGGAUGCUGAAGAGGAUGAUGACGAUGACGAAGAUUGAGAAGCGUCACUUCUUACGCAUACACUUCAUUUUCUUUUCCCCCAUUCACCACUUCGUUUUACUUUUUUUUGUUCAGACUUCUGGCCUCGUGGCUACGCCACUUGUGUUCAUAGCUGCCGUUUGCUGUUUAUUGUUUACUUGUUCACUUUUCGUUUUUUUUUUUUUUUUCAGGGUCCCGUGUUUGCAUCAUGCUAAAAAAACGUGUUAAAAGUUUCUGAUGGGGCCCCAAAACGGGUGUUACACAUAACAUUUCUUCCCUGUUUGCAGGCAAAGUGGCUGCCUUUUUUUUUCUUUGUUCUUCCUACUCCCCCUCUCUUCUCCCGUCUUUUGUACAUGUGUGCAUGUGGAGUAAACAAAAAAAAGAUGCUGUUAACUUAAUACUGUAAAGAUGUAACUAAAUCUCUUCAUCAUUGGUGUGCACAAUGUGAGUAGACCACAUCGUUGCCCAUUUUUGAAGAUCACUUAGCCACACGCACCACAAACGGGGUUGUCAUUGUAUUUUUUUGCACUGAUAUGUAAGCCUGUAUAUAUAUAUAUUUUCUUUUCCCUCCCGAGGCCCCGCUUAACCCACAUGGGUUUUAAGUUUCCGGUGCCACAUGUACUGUCUCGGGCUUUCAGUUGUGUUCUGUUAUCAUACCUCAUUGCUAAUUAUUCACCUCUUUUGCUCAUUCGCCAUUGCUAUUCGACAAGACUCAUUUUAGUGGCAUAAGUAUUUUUUGUAUCGAUGGCUUUCAAUAAAGACAUUUAGUAUGUCACAGCUCUGUCUGAGAA